UCUAACUCUCAAAUCCUCUCAACUCUCUCUCUCUCUAGAAACAAGUCCGGCGAGAAUUCCGGCGGAGUUCCGGCGACCGGCGAAUUUUCCGGCGAAUUUUCUGGCGAAUUUUCUGGCGGCCGUUUUUCGGCCAAGAGUACACUUUUUCAACUAUAUCCGACGUUCCGGAUCGCGUGGUGAGAUGCUUAGAUCGGGACUUGAGGAGCAUUUCUGCAAAUUUUCAAGAAAUUUUAUUCUCCGGCGAAAUUCCGACUUCUGACAUGGUUUUGGCGAGGUUCCAGCCGUCCGUUUUCGACGAAAAUUAUAUUUUUGGGCUCCUAGUGACCCGUAGAGUCCAUACGAAACACUUUCGUCUCGGGUGAAAAUUUAAGUUCGGGACGCUCUCGGGCUCGGGUCAACGCGGUCAACAGGUCAAACACGGGUCAAGAGGCAGUUUUGGGUCAUUUUUAGUGCCUCGGUUUAGUUUCGGGUCCGGUCAACACGGGUCAAACGUGGUCAAAGCUGGUCAAAGGUGGUCAAAGCUGGUCAAACUCAGUCAACUGCUGGUCAACGCAAUCAACUCAGUCAACACGAGGCUCGGAAUGUCGUAGUUGCACGCUAGCUACUUCACAUUCUUGGAACGACACUACGGAAUCACGUUAAGCUAGCUUUGCACAGGAAUAUUCAGGCGAGUUCAUAACCCCCACUUUUUUUUUACUGUUUUACAUUUUUGUAAAUGUUUUCGGGGUGGAAAGACAUGCACGUUUUGCAAAAACAUACAAAGUUUUGAACAAACGCAAAACUCGCAUUUCUAAAUCAUAUUACGAAGGGAUUUCGAGGACCUCAAAUGAUUUACGAAAGGUUUAUACUAAACAUACCGGUUUUUACAAAACAAAUGCUUGUUUUCGAAAUGAGAUUGAUUUACGGUCGGGGAGACCAGGGGUUUAGUCGGGGAGACCAGGGAUUUGGUCGGGGAGGCUAGGGAUUUGGUCGGGGAGACCAGGGAUUUUCAUACAUAUAGACAUAUUACAAUUAUUAAGGACAUUUUUAUACAUGGUAUGGUUAGCUUAAGGAGGGUUGGGACGUUCAGAUCAUGUGAGUGGUGGGUACAACGCUUAAAGCCAUUAAUCCUCAUUGUUAGGACCGAGGGACACAAGAGUGAUAGAUCUAUUUGGGUGUAGCGAGCCUACACCCGUGAGGUCAGGGUGACCCAUAGAGGUGACUGUGUCUUCCAGCCGAGGCCCGGUACAAAUUUGCUAGGUUUGAGUUUUCCUGCAUCACUUCACACAUGCCAGUGGCCUUGCAACCCAUUGGUGAUCUAUUUUUCCUUAUUGCUACAUACCACGGACAUUUUUACAUCGGGACGUACUUAAACAUUUUUACAUCGGGACGUACUUUAAAGGUUUUACAUACUCACUUUCACAUGAACUCGCUCAACUUUAUGUUGACUUUUUCCCAUGUUUCUUUCUCAGAUUGCAUUUCUAAGACAAGGCACAGUUGGAAUAGGAGAACCAUGUAGAGUCGAGUACUUAACAGGCGUUCAAUUUCUAGAAGUCUUAGCUUAUAUUUACUUCCGCUGUGCAAUGAAGAUACCAGUUCAGUCACGCCAGCUCUGAUAAUUUCGGGGUGUGACAGAUUGGUAUCAGAGCUAUAGGUUAUAGCGAAUAAGGUUUUCUGUAGGAAUACCUAGGCUCUAACCUCACUUUUCUCUGGGACUUAGACUAUUAAGAGAUUGAAUACAUACAGAACGCCUAGUACUCGAAUAUGGUCUCCAACCGUUGCCGAAAACAAACAAAAAAAAUAUUGUUAUUGUGGUGUUUAACACACGGUACACGAAACAAUUACAUACAGUACACAACACUCUCAGAGUUUAGGAAACAUGCAUUUAAGACCUUCGGAAACUUAUGUUGAAGUUCAUUAAAGGUCAUCACGUAGGAACCACGAUUAUUACUCGGGCACACACUAUUAUCCAUAUUGUCUAUGAUAUUUUGACUUCCCGAGCAGGCAGCCUACGCAUAACGAAACGCUAGUGCACAAGAAUACAUGGAACUCAAAUUUUACGUCAACGGAUGUCGGGGUACAUCACAUUCUACGCGGAACGUAACGCUAGUGCACAGGUAUACGCGAAACUCAAUAUGUACAUCAACGAAGGUUGAAGUACGACACAUACGACUAUCGAGGCGAGGCCUUUGAAAAGACACGGUGGCGCAAUUCAACGACGAAACUAGAUUCCUGUCAGCAGGAGAACUAUCGAUCAGGAAGUAGCGGCUUGGCACGCGUUCCUGCAAACGACACAAAACACGCCAAGGAGAAGAUGUAUGUCUCCUCAUUCCCCUAACUUAUAACGACGAAUACUCCAUGUUCGACAUUCCAUGGUAAUGUCGCCUAACAACUGGUUAUCACAUGCAACCCCAGGUUGCAUUUCUAAGACAAGGCACGGUUGGAAUAGGAGAACCAUGUGGAGUCGAGUACUUAGCAGGCGUUCAAUUUCUAGAAGUCUUAGCUUAUAUUUACUUCCGCUGUGCAAUGAAGAUACCAGUCCAGUUACGCCAGCUCUGAUAAUUUCGGGGUGUGACAAAUAUCCGAUAUUCAAAUGUAAACAGUAGGGUUCUUUUACAUGCAUAGACCUAAUGACAAAAAUCCCAUAUUCAACAAGUGACUAUUUUCACCCUCCUUAUUUAUCCUCCUCGGUAUCAUCAGAUUCAGUCGAAUCACUACCUUGACCAUGUUCUUUAGUCACCUCAAGCACAAGAGCAUCAAUGAUUGCAGUGGCCUGAGCAGCAACUUCUAUCUCAUUCUUACCGUCUUCUUCAGUCGGAUGCACGGGAUCAUUGGCAGCAGAAUCAAGAAAACCACAAACGGUUCUUCAGGAGGAAUAAAGGUUGAAGAACUACUAACAUAUUCAAGAAGAUACGGUGAUCUUAACUUAUAUUAAGCACUCACCAAGCAUGAUAUGGGGUACAACUAGAGGGCUCUAAUGUUGAUGCAACUUUGGAAUGCAUAGCUGAAAACACACUAAAAAUGAACCUGAUGAAGAAAUCUACCUCCCGACACGAUUGAUGUGGCAAGUGAGCAACAACAAAGAUCAUAUUUUGGGUGUGAGUGUUAAAAAGUGUUUUCUUAUAUAUUCCAUGGGACUUGAGAUGUAAAAAUGUGUGUAAAUCUUUCAUUCGAGUUUCAACCUCGAGUCAUGUUGAUGAUGGGAGUUGUAUGGACAUUUGAAGGUGUUGAAAAACUGCUUACUACAAGUCAAAUGGCCCUUUCACUUCAUAAUUGAUUGGUAAAGAUGGCGAGAUUGAGAGGCUUUCACUGGAAACAUCAGAGCUACAAAAAUCUAAAAGUCAACUGCUACAGCUGAUCGAACAUAAAGAUUUGGAGAUUAACGAGAAGAAUUCUAGCAUCAAGGGUUAUCUUGACAAGAUUGUUUCUAUGACCGACAGUGCUUCUUCUAAAGAUUCACGGAUUAUCGAACUGGAAGCCGAGCAUGCACGCAUGAACGCUUCUUCAGCUCGUUUGACUCAAGAGAAAGAAUUAGUUGAGAGACAUAAUCUUUGGCUUAAUGACGAGUUGACCACCAAAGUCAACAGUCUUCUGGAGCUAAGAAAGGUACAUAAUGAACUAGAGGCUGAUAUGUCGUCUAAGCUUGCAGAACUUGAAAGAAAGUACAAUGAAACUUCUAGCUCGUUGAAGUGGAAGGAUGAUAGAGUCAACGAACUCGAGUCAAAGCUUGAAGCCUUACAGGCUGAGAUAUGCUCAUCUAAAGAGAUGGCUGCUGCAACUGAAGAGCGGUUGUCUACUGAGCUGUCGACUGUAAACAAACUUGUUGAACUCUACAAAGAGAAUUCAGACGAGUGGUCGAAAAAGUCCGGAGAGCUUGAAGGUGUUAUCAAGGCUUUAGAGACACACGCAAGUCAACUUGAAAAAGAUUAUAAAGAACGCCUUUCUAACGAAACAUCUGCAAGAAUACAAUUCGAAACUGAAGUUUCACUUUUGAAAGAAAAGUUUCAACAGUGUGAAAAAGAAUUGGAAACUUACCGAAAUUCGGACCAUAAUCUUCUUCAGCUUAGCAGUUUCAACACUAAAGCAUAUGAAGAUAAUAAUAAUAAUAAUAAUCCAAUGCUUGUUCCCAGUGUUCCGGCAGGUAUUUCAGGUACAGCACUAGCUGCUUCUCUUCUUCGUGACGGUUGGAGUUUAGUUAAAAUGUACGAGAAGUACCAAGAAGCUGUUGAUGCUUUGAGACACGAGGAAUUCGGAAGAAAACAUUCACAAUCAGUGCUAGAACGUGUUUUGCAUGAAAUAGAAGAGAAAGCUGAGGUCAUAUUAGAUGAACGUGUAGAACACGAAAGAAUGCUUGAAGCGUACACUACGUUAAAUGAAAAGCUGCAGCAUUCUCUCUCUGAACAAACUGUUCUUGAGAAAACCGCUCAAGAGUUGAAGGCUGAAGUAAAAAAACACAAACGUGACUAUGGUUUAGCUCAAAAAGAAAACAACGAUCUUCAGAAACAGGUGACGGUUUUAUUGAAAGAAUGUCGUGACGUACAAAUGCGUUGUGGGUCCGUCAAUAACGAUUCUGUUGAAGUUCAGAUGGAUGUUAAUUUGGAUUCCGAUGAUGGUUUCUCUGACCGGAUGUUGACUUUUAAGGAUAUAAACGGUUUAGUUGAGCAGAAUGUACAGCUUCGGGGUGUAGUUCGUCUUUUAACUGAGCAAAUCGAGACUAAAGAAGUUGAGUUAAAGGAGAAUUUCGAGAAGGAAUUUCAAAAACAGUGUAAAGAAACUGCUUCUAAAGUUGAUGCGGUAUUGGCUAGAGCCGAAGAACAAACACAAAUGAUCGACUCACUUCAUACUUCUGUUGCUAUGUACAAGAAGUUAUAUGAAGAAGAACAUAAACGACACGUUCCUCAACUGCAAUCUUCAGAUCCCGCACCAGUUGACGUAAGAAACAUUGUUCGACAAUCUGAAGCUUUUUAUGAUUCUUCUUCAAAAAAGGCAAAGGAAAAGGCGUAUGAAAGGAUAAAGCUUCUAGAAGAAGAGAUAACAGGUAUUAGAAGCGAGAUCAUUACAUUAAGGUCAGAACGCGACAAGUUGACUUCAGAGUCAACUUUUGCUAAUGAGAAACUCGACAGAUUUAUGAAAGAUUUUGACCGUCAACGGGAAGAAAUGAACGGUGUUAUAGCGCGAAAUGUUGAAUUCUCACAGUUGAUAGUUGAUUACCAAAGAAAGAUACGUGAAGCUUCUGAAUCGUUGCAUAUCGCAGAAGACUUGUCACGCAAGCUAAAUAUGGAGGUCUCGGUUUUAAAACGUGAAAAAGAAAUAUUAAUAAAUUCUGAAAAACGAGCGUUUGAGGAGGUUGGUAGUAUGUCGGAAAGAGUUCAUCAGUUGCAAACUACUUUGAAUACAAUUCAAAGUGCUGAAGAGGUGCGGGAAGAAUCUAGAAACGCUCAGCGUUUAAGUCAAGAGGAUUACGUUAAAAGAACCGAACGGGAUUGGGCUGAGGCGAAAAACGAGCUUCAAAAAGAACGGGAUAACAUUCGUAAGCUAACACUCGAGCAUGAAUCAGCUAUGCGAGGGUCCAUGCAAAGAAUCGAGGAAAUGGGAAAAGAAUUAGCUAACGCGUUACAUGCUGUUUCGGUUGCUAAUACUCGCGCUUCUGCUGCCGAAGAACGUGUAUCUCAGUUUGAGAAAACAAAGAGUUCGGAAACAAACAUUGAAAAUGAUGAUACGUCAAAAGGCGAUGUGGCUGUGUUGAAGGAGGAGAUUGAGAAACUGAAAGCAGAAGCUAAACCGGAUAAAGACCACAUGUUGCAGUACAAGAGAUUAGCACAAGUGAAUGAAUCUGCAUUAAGAGAAAUGGAAUUCCGACACGAACGGUUUAAAUCCGAGGCGGAAAAGGUGAAGAAGUCGUUAGAAGAUGAAGUUUUAUCGUUAAAAGAGCAGGUAAAUCAGCUUCAAGACGGUUAUAUCUCAAAGGAAAAAGAAGCAGCUUCUGCUGUUUUAUCACAGGAACACGCUCUUGCAUCUUCAACGUCAGAGGUUUUUAAGUUACGGGAAGAAAUUACCGCAAAAACGUUGCGUGUAGACGGUUUAGAGUCACGAAUCUCAGCCAUGAAAGAUGAGUUGGAGAAAGAGCACCAACGAUGGCGUAUUGCUCAAGACAAUUACGAAAGGCAGGUUAUAUUGCAGUCUGAAACGAUUCAGGAGUUGACUAAAACAUCACAAGAGUUGACCUUAAUUAACGAAAAGUUAUCCGAACUCCAGAAAGUAUCCGACAUACUAAAAACCGAAAACGACGAGCUAAAAACCAAGUGGGAGACUGAAAAGUCGGUUCUAGAAGAGUCCAAAGAUAAAGCAGAGAAAAAGUUUAACGAAGUUAACGAACAAAACAAAAUAUUGCAUGAUCAACUCGAAGCAUUGCACAUCAAGCUUGCGGGUUCCGUUGCGCAAACUUCUGAUGAUGGUGGGUUACAGAACGUGGUGAAGUAUUUGAGGCGGUCAAAAGAGAUUGCGGAGACCGAGAUCUCGUUAUUAAAGCAGGAAAGGCUACGGUUACAGUCACAGCUCGAGGCUGCUAUGAAGGCCGAAUCAGAAGCUCAAGCGUUACUUCGUACUGAACGGGAUAAUUCUCGAUCAGUGCAUUUCACAGAGGAUGAGUUUAAAGCGUUACAGGUUCAAGUUAGAGAAAUGAAUUUGCUUCGAGAAAGUAAUGUACAGCUUAGAGAAGAAAAUCGACACAAUUUUGAAGAAUGUCAAAAAUUACGUCAGUUGUUCCAAGAUGCUAAAAUUGAAGUCGAGAAUUUGAACGGCUUGAUUGUCGAAAGGCAAAACGAAGUGGAAGGUUUUAAGAGAGAAAUAGAGAUGCAAAAGAAGAACAUGAAAGAUCGUGAAGAUUAUGUUCGAUUGCAAGUAGAUUUCCAACAGAUAAACGUGAAAUUAUCCGAGAAAGAUGGACAAUUGGAGGAGAUUAAGAAACGUGUUUCCGAAAAACAAGACGUGAUAAUACGGUUGGAGCGGGAUCUUGAAAGAAGCAAAGUGGAAUUAGAUGUACGAGAGUCGAAGAUAAACAACGUUGUGCAAACCGAGAGUUUGUUAAAAACAGAAGUUGACAAACAGAAGAGACUCAUUUAUCAGUUGAAGCGCAGAUGCGAGAAUUUGGCGAAAGAAAAGGAGGAAACAUUGAAGAAGAAUCAAGAACUUUCUGACGAGUUAGUUAAAAGAAGCAACGUAGACGGUGUAGGUGAACUAGCAGAGAAAGAUACACGGAUUCAGAUGCUUGAAAAAACGGUUGAGAAGUUACGAGACGAGUCUAGAGAAAAAGAAGAAAAAGAUACGAGAAUACAGAUGCUGGAGAAAAUUGUCGAAAGGCUAAGAGAUGAUGUCAAAAAGGGUAAAGAAGAAGUCCGGAUUGAAAAAGCGAAGAAUCAAAAUACCGAUAAUGGAAUUCGCGAAGAACCGAAAGUUGAACCACGUAAGCUUGCACGAAAGUUAAUCCGACCUAGUAUUGUAAAGCCGGAGCAACCGAAGGGUGAUGCGGAUAUGUCAGAUGCCAUUGAUACUAAUGUCCAGUCCUCUUUACGCAAACGCCCGUCUACUGCAGAAGCACCGGAAGAAUCAAAUGAUGUCAGCGUUGCUGACGUGGCGCCACCUCAAGCUAAGAAAUCAAGAGGUUCAGAACAAGCGCAUGAGGUCGGCGAUGUAUGUGAAACUGUCACUGAAGAGUUAUUCAAUCCGGGGGAUGAAACUCAAAUUAUGAAAGAGGAUGAUAAUACUGUAAGUGACUAUAUUAGUGAAGAGAAUGCGACCAAAACUGAAAUCGAGGCGUCUGAGGACCAGCAUAAGAUUACUGAGGUGGCGCACACACAAUUGCAGCCCGUAACAAGUGAUCCUGAAGAGGGAGAUUUUGAGAAUCAGGUUAGGUCACCUCCACCCAUGCCGGUUGAAGAUGAAAUGCCGGAAGAAACCUUAGCGGAAACGGAGGUGAGUUCCGCUUUGCUAACUACGGAGGAUGAUGAAGACAAACACGGAGAAGAAAGUGAAGUAGAAGUAGAAGAGACCACCCUCGAGAAUUCAACAGAUAAGUUCGAUAACGACAGUGUUGGUAAUCAAGAUAGUAGUGCCGUUAGCGGUGUCUCCACAUCAACAGGGCCCACAGAAGUAAAACCAGAGGAGCCGGUUACGGGUUUGCGCAUCACUAGUUUGAAUGAGAGAGCAAGGCAGAGGUCUCUGCAAAGGCUGUCUGGAGCGCAAUUUUCGCCACCUGUCACUAGGGGUCGUGGAAGGGUUAUACGUGGUCGAACCCGUGGUGGACGGACUGCCCGUGGUGGUGGUCGAACACCUGGCUCUCAAGGAAUGUGAUGCACGCUGUGGCGCCCACACUUGAUGUGAUACAUGCGAUUUAUCCAUUGUCAGAAAGGCGGGGCCAUACAUAUUUGAAAGUAAAUUUUGUGAUAAAGCUAUAGAAGUGUUGAUGUUUGUCUUGUAAAGCUGGAGAUAGAGAAAGGUGGAGUUGUGUUACAAGCUUGAACCCGAAAUUUUGUUGGAUUGCAAGGUUCUCUGCUCAUUUCGAAGUCGGUCAUCCUGCAUCCAUAUAACUUUCUGAGUAAAUCCGAUGUUUUGUUUUUGAGACCUUAAUGACUAAUUUUUGGUACGAAUCAUGACGUGCUUGGUGGAAGCGGAAGUAUAUGGAAUUGGUUGGCCUGUUUAAACUGUUAUUUUGGAAACCUUUGCGUUUGCUACGAAUUUCCAUCAGAGAAAUCUUCUCUUGAGGUUUUUGGUAAUCUGUACAUAUAGAACUUUGCUUUGUUUUGCAAUCCUCGGUCGAAGCAUGUUUACUUGUUUGUCUUCAAUUAAGAAAUUUGUAACUAUAACCCUUAUAAGUUGAUUAGCACUGUGCAUCCCCAUGUGGUUGUGAAAGCAAUCCAGACCAUCGAAGAUGUGCAUUUGGUU